AUGGCUGAUAUAAGGACUAUGAUCAAUAAAAUGCAAAAUGCUACCCAAAAUGGCACUGCAGAGGCUGCGCCUCCUGCCAAGGGUCAGAAAGGCACAAUUGAAAAAAUUUACCAAAAGAAGUCUCAACUGGAGCACAUCCUGCUUCGUCCUGAUACGUACAUUGGUUCUGUUGAGCGGGCCACUGAGACAAUGUGGGUUUUUGACAAGGAAAAGGAGUGUAUGGUGCAAAAAGAAUUGACAUAUGUGCCAGGUCUAUAUAAAAUAUAUGAUGAAAUUCUGGUUAAUGCAGCUGACAAUAAGCAGAGAGACCCCAAAAUGGACGUAAUUAGAAUUGACAUAAAUCAAGAACAAAAUACUAUUUCAGUUUACAAUAAUGGGUGUGGUAUUCCCGUUGUAAUGCAUAAAGAGGAGAAAAUGUAUGUUCCAACAAUGAUUUUCGGACAUCUUUUGACAUCAUCUAAUUAUAAUGAUGAAGAAGAAAAAGUGACAGGUGGAAGAAAUGGUUAUGGUGCAAAACUUUGCAACAUUUUUUCCACAAAAUUUACUGUUGAGACUGCAUCUAAACAGUAUAAGAAACAUUUUAAGCAAACUUGGGGCGCUAAUAUGACAAAAGCUUCUGAACCAAAGGUUAAGGAGUCUGGCAAAGAUGAUGAUUUUACUAAAGUGACAUUCAGCCCAGAUUUGUCUAAAUUCAAAAUGGAGAAGCUCGAGGAUGACAUAGUUGCUUUAAUGUCACGACGUGCAUAUGAUGUAGCUGCUUCUUCACAGGGUGUCAAAGUAUAUCUAAAUGGGGAGCGACUGAAAAUUAAUAAAUUUAAGGACUAUGUAGAUUUAUACAUUAAAGGUAAAGAGGAUGAAAAUGGACAACCAUUAAAAGUUGUUUAUGAAAAGGUAAAUGACCGUUGGGAAGUAGCUCUAACACUGUCAGAUAGAGGUUUCCAACAGGUUUCAUUUGUUAAUUCUAUAGCUACAACAAAAGGUGGGAAACAUGUUGACACAGUAGCUGAUAGUGUUGUAAAGAAUGUUUUAGAAGUCUUGAAAAAGAAAAAUAAAGGAGGUGUAAACAUAAAGCCUUUCCAAGUCAAAAAUCAUAUGUGGUUGUUCAUCAACUGCUUGAUUGUUAACCCAACCUUUGAUUCACAAACAAAAGAAAAUAUGACACUCCAAGCAAAGAGCUUUGGAUCGAAAUGUAAUUUCUCUGAAAAAUUUAUAACUGCAGUAACUAAGUCUGGUUUAGUUGAAUCUGUAUUGACAUGGGCCAAAUUUAAGGCGCAGACUGAACUUGUGAAGGCAUCUGGUAAAAAGCAAAGUAAAUUAAAAGGUAUACCAAAGUUAGAAGAUGCAAAUGAUGCAGGUACAAAGAAUUCACAUCUUUGUACAUUAAUUCUUACUGAGGGAGACUCAGCUAAAACUUUAGCUGUGUCUGGACUUAGUGUGGUAGGCAGAGAUCAUUAUGGUGUAUUCCCAUUAAAGGGUAAACCAUUAAAUGUACGUGAUGCAUCACACAAACAAGUUCUAGAAAAUGUGGAGAUCAAUAAUCUAAUCAAAAUUCUUGGACUGCAGUAUAAAAAAAAGUAUAACUCGGUUGACGAUUUAAAAGCAUUAAGAUAUGGUAAAGUGAUGAUAAUGGCCGAUCAGGAUCAGGAUGGUUCUCAUAUCAAAGGUCUAAUUAUAAAUUUCAUUCAUCAUAAUUGGCCUGAAUUACUGAAACUACCAUUUUUAGAGGAAUUCAUUACGCCUAUUGUAAAAGCCACAAAGAAGGACAAAGAAAUUUCCUUCUAUUCAUUACCAGAAUUUGAAGAGUGGAAGAGCGAAACUGAGAAUCAUCAUACAUACAAUAUCAAAUAUUACAAAGGUUUGGGUACCUCCACAUCUAAGGAGGCAAAAGAGUAUUUCCAAAACAUGGAAAGGCACAGAAUUAAAUUUAGAUAUAGCGGUCCUACUGAUGAUCAUCAUAUUGAGUUAGCAUUCUCUAAAAAAGGUGCUGAUCAACGUAAAGAGUGGUUGACGAAUCAUAUGGAUGAGGUAAAGAGGAGAAGGGAGAUUGGGCUUUCUGAGAGAUAUUUAUACACUAAAGAAACAAAAGCUGUUACAUACUCUGACUUUAUUAAUUUGGAGCUGGUUCUCUUUUCUAAUGGAGAUAAUGUGAGAUCAAUACCAUCUAUGGUUGAUGGCUUAAAGCCUGGUCAACGUAAAGUAAUCUUCACUUGCAUAAAACGUAAUGACAAACGAGAAGUAAAAGUGGCUCAACUGGCUGGUUCAGUUGCCGAGCAUUCAGCUUACCAUCAUGGUGAGCAGUCCCUAGCCAUGACUAUCGUGAAUCUCGCCCAAAACUAUGUGGGUUCAAACAAUAUUAAUUUAUUAGAGCCGCGCGGUCAGUUCGGUACGCGGCUUUGCGGUGGCAAGGAUUCGGCCAGCCCGCGUUAUAUUUUCACACUUAUGUCACCACUUACAAGACUCAUUUUCCAUCCACAUGACGAUCCGUUGCUUGUUCACGAGUUUGAAGAUAAUCAAAAAAUCGAGCCAGUGUACUAUGUCCCCAUACUACCUAUGGUAUUAGUAAAUGGAGCUGAAGGUAUUGGAACUGGCUGGUCCACUAAAAUACCUAAUUAUAACCCACGUGACAUAGUGGCUAACAUACGCCGUUUGCUAGAUGGUGAUGAGCCCAAGCCUAUGCAUCCAUGGUACAAAAAUUUCCGUGGUACAAUUGAGAGCUUUGGUGACAAAUAUGUUAUAUCUGGUGAAGCAGCUAUAUUGCCUGGAGAAAAAAUAGAGAUUACUGAGCUUCCAGUUGGUGUAUGGACUCAGAAUUACAAGGAAAAUGUGUUAGAGCCCAUGCUUGGAACUGAUAAAGUGAAACCCUUGAUUUCUGAAUAUCGGGAAUACAACACAGAUACAACAGUGCGUUUUGUUGUCACCUUGUUGCCUGGCAAGUUAGCCGAAGUAGAAGCGGAAGGUAUACACAAAGUCUUUAAACUGCAGACUACAAUAUCCAUGACCUGUAUGAAUGCCUUCGAUUACAACAACUGCUUGAAAAAAUAUGACAAAGUGGAAGAGGUUCUUCGAGACUUCUACGAUCUGCGUCUGAAAUACUACGCGAGACGUAAAGAUUACCUAGAAGGGCAGCUACAAGCAGAAGCCGACAAGCUAACCAAUCAGGCCCGCUUCAUAUUAGAGAAAUGUGACAAAGGACUAGUAAUUGAAAAUAAGAAAAGGAAAGCGAUGGUAGAAGAACUUAUUAAAAGAGGCUAUGCACCGGACCCAAUCGCGGAUUGGAAGAAACGCGCAAGUAAAAUGCAAGGCUUGGUCGCAUUGGAGGAAGAGGCACAGGAAGAGUCUGAAGAUGAGCCUGAGCUUGAAGAUAACAAAGGAAAACCUAUUGAUCCAGAGAAAGCAUUCCAACAGUUAAAGGAAGUUAAGAAAUUCAACUACCUUUUGGGCAUGUCCAUGUGGAUGCUAACAAAGGAGAAAAAGGAUGAACUAUUAAAGCAAAGGGAUCAGAAACUGGCUGAACUCAAUGCCCUUAAAGCAAAAACACCCUCUAUGCUUUGGCGUGAUGAUCUCGACACGUUCCUAUUACGGCUAGAGGAGAUUGAAGAAAAUGAAAGAAAUGAGGAGCUCACGGUUAAUAAGAAGAGCUCUAAGGCACUGAUGGAAAGAACAAAAAAGGCCGCCAAUAAGAAGAGCCGCAAAUCGCUGUUAGACAUAAUACCAUCGGAGAACGGUAGAAGAGUUGAGCCUAAAAUAUCCGAAGAUUUGAUAAAGAGGAUACAGGCUGCUGAAAAGGCGAAAACGAGAAAAGAAAUCAAGAAGGAAUAUGAUCCGGAUGAUCCAACAGGAAUUAGUCCUUCAAGUGGCGAGAAGAAACCAAAGGGACGGGUAAAGAAAGAGAAACCUGAAAAGGAGAAGACAGAAAAGACGGAUGGACUUAAACAGACUAAAAUCACAUUUAAGAAAGAACCUAAAAAGAAAAAGAUGACAUUCAGUGGCAGCAGCUCUGGCGAGAUGUCUGAGUCCGAUGUGGAAAUGGUUGAACCACCAGCGCCAAGAGAACGAUCAAACGCCAGGAGAGCGGCUACUAAGGUACAAAAGUACAGGGACGGGUCCGAUGACUCUGACUCAAAUUCUGAAUUAGAGCUUCAUGACAAUAAGCUGGAAUCAGACAGUGAGAAACCUCGCGUCUUAUCAGGCAGCGAAGAUGACGAUGACUUUAAUGUCAAAAAGAACUCUGGAAAGAAACCUGCUGAGAUGGACUCUGAUUGCCUCUUUGACUCAUUAAUAGAAGAUACAAAGAAAGAAGGGCAGAACAACCAUCAUCCUGAACCAACAACAGUUAUAUCCAGUGAUGAAGUAGAUACACCUGCACCAGGGUCACCCCCAAAGAAAAAACCAGCACCAAAAAGGAAACUAAUGAAUGUCAACAAGGAGAAGAAGGAGGAAAAGCCCAAGAAGAGGCCGGCUAAAGUGCUAAUGAGUGUUGACAGUGAUGAUGACAGCAUAUUUGACAGUAAAAAGGAUAAGAAGAAGGCCAAUCCGAAAAAGAAAGCCAAAAAGAAGGUGGAGAGUGAGUCGGGGUCGGGUGAGGAAGACGUAGUGUCGAGCAGCCCGCCGCCCGCCCGCGGCCAGGCGCGCGCGCGCCCCCCGCCCAAGUACAGAUUCAGCGACGGCUCCGACAGCGAUUAA